AUGAAAACAAUUCCGAAUCCUCAAUCCCAGAAGGAAAAAAGCUUUGCUGCCUUUCAAGAAGGUUACAGGAAAGACGUGGAAAGGUGUUUCGGUAUCUUGCAAGCUCAUUGGGCUAUUAUUAGGGGUGCUGCUCGGAUGUAUGAUGAAGAGGUGUUGCGAAGCAUUAUGAUGACUUGCAUCAUCCUCCAUAACAUGAUUGUGGAGGAUGAGCAUGAUUAUGAAGCUCUAGAGGAGCACGAACCGGAUCCCAUGAAGACGGCCUUGACAAGAAUUUAUGAAAGACCGAUGGGACCAAAUGGACAUCCAUUGGAGCACGAACCGUUAGUUCAAGAUGGUCGAUUCAACAACCCCAUGAUUGAUCGUUACCAAGCAAUGCAAUCUUCGUAUGUUCAUGAGAGGCGUCAUAUUGACUUGAUCGAGCACUUGUGGGAGAUGAAAGGCAAUCACAAUGGAUGA